AGAGAACCCCUGUAAUAAUGAUGAUUAUUAAAAAAGGAAACCGGAAGUCAUGGUAUUUUCAUUUCAAUUAAAGUGGCCGCAAGCUGGACAAAGGCACCUCGGCCCCUUUAUCCUGCGCGAUCAUCUCCGCUUAUCCUGCGCACCCUUCGCCAGCUUCGGAGCUGAGAUCUCCCAGUUUACACACACACACACGUAGUGAUUCGAGCAGCUAUUGCCUUAACUUUGACUUCAGAGAGGAGUACACUUAAGGGAAGGAGUCAUGAGCUGCUUUAGUUGUUGUCAAGAAGAUGAUGUCCAUAAAGCUGCUGAAAGCGGAGGUCCAUACCCGGUGAAAACUUCAGCAGGAAAUGAUGGAGGCUAUCAUACAUCAGACACUGCACCCAAGGGUGCACAAACUGUGAAAGUCCAGCCCAUCGAAGUUCCUGCCAUACCAGUGGAUGAACUAAAGGAAAUUACAGAGAACUUUGGUACAGGUGCUUUAAUUGGAGAGGGCUCUUAUGGAAGAGUAUAUCAUGGGGUUCUUCAAAGUGGGCAGCCUGCAGCAAUCAAGAAGUUAGAUGCCAGCAAACAACCCGAUGAGGAAUUUUUAGCCCAGGUUUCUAUGGUUUCAAGGCUGAAGCAUGAAAAUUUUGUCCAGUUGCUUGGUUACUGCAUUGAUGGGAAUUCUCGCAUUCUUGCCUAUGAGUUUGCAUCUAAUGGAUCUCUUCAUGAUAUUCUACAUGGGAGGAAGGGGGUUAAAGGAGCACAACCUGGUCCUGUUCUUUCAUGGGUACAACGUGUUAAAAUAGCUGUAGGGGCUGCAAAAGGGCUCGAGUACUUGCAUGAAAAGAGCAAUCCUCAUAUCAUCCAUCGUGACAUCAAGUCCAGCAAUGUACUGAUCUUUGAUGAUGAUGUUGCAAAGAUUGCGGACUUUGAUUUGUCAAAUCAAGCUCCUGAUAUGGCUGCACGUCUUCAUUCAACACGUGUUCUAGGAACCUUUGGUUAUCAUGCACCAGAGUAUGCCAUGACUGGACAACUGAAUGCUAAGAGUGAUGUUUACAGCUUUGGUGUUGUCCUGCUUGAACUUUUGACAGGGAGAAAACCUGUUGAUCAUACCUUACCACGUGGACAGCAGAGUUUAGUAACAUGGGCUACACCAAAACUUAGCGAAGACAAGGUUAGGCAGUGUGUUGAUACAAGACUUAACGGAGAUUUUCCUCCCAAGGCAGUUGCAAAGAUGGCUGCUGUUGCUGCAUUGUGUGUGCAAUAUGAAGCUGACUUCCGGCCGAACAUGAGCAUUGUAGUCAAAGCCCUCCAGCCACUGUUACAUACUCGGCCUGGACCCGCUGGUGAAACACCAAGCUUGUGAUUUCUCUCUCUCUCUCUCAUGUGGGUAUAAAAAUAUUAGAAAGAUUGUUUGAGAAGGUGGUGGUAAAUUGUUUGAAGAAGGUUCCAUUUGCUUCCAUCAUUUACAGUAUCAAUUUGUUCAUAAUUUUGGGCUGGGCGCUGCAGGUCGGGGGUCUUUCCUUUCAUCUGGAUUAUGGAAUUACUCUUAAAUGAUAAUAGAGAAAAUCUAUUUAUAGGUUUUA